GCAGAAAAUUACAAUUUAAAUAAAACGUCAAAAGGCAAAAAAAAUAGUUUGUUAAAUUUUAUAAACAAAUUCAAUAUGAAAUUGAAUAGCAAUACGAAAAUAGUCGGACGUAAUGUAAUAUUAGUACCAUACAGAGAAUAUCAUGUGCCUAGAUACCACGAAUGGAUGAAGUCUGAAGAUCUUCAGAAGCUAACCGCAUCAGAACCAUUAACAUUAGAAGAGGAAUAUGAUAUGCAGAAGUCUUGGUGUGAAGAUGAUGAUAAAUGCACUUUUAUCAUCUUAGAUAAACACACCUAUAAUAAAGAAAACAGUGAAACAGACGCUAUGAUUGGGGACACAAAUAUUUUUAUGACAGAUAAUGAGAUUACAGCAGGUGAAAUAGAAAUAAUGAUAGCAGAAGAAGCAGCCCGGGGAAAAAAGAUGGGUUGGGAAGCAGUCAUAUUAAUGCUCUUGUAUGGCAUUAAACAUUUAAAUUUAAAAACAAUAGAAGCCAAGAUAUCUUUGACUAACAUCAUUAGUAUUAAGAUGUUUAAUAAACUAGGUUUUGAAGAAAAGUCCACUAGUGAGAUUUUCCAAGAAGUAACAUUAGAAAAAAAUGUCUGUAGUGAAUGGGUGAAAUGGUUAAAUGAGCAAGCACAAUAUGAAUUACAAACUUGUUGAUUUA